CGAAAACAGAAAGUUACUUAGGCGAGAGCGGGGUGAGUUACUCUGUGAUAUAAUCCUGACUUGGCUCUUCACCAUUUGGAGCUGCUUUGACGCAAGUUGGAUCAUUCACUCAUUCCUCCCAAUGGCAGCGACACUUCGUCUGGUGCUACAUGUAUCUCUUUCGGGGAUUGCAGCUUUGGCACUCUCGAGAAGCACUUCCUUGUUUGUUUCUGCGUUGGCUCCAUCGCCAACCACGAAUUGCAACAGCAACAACUGUCUCAUUUUGGGUCUGGGGGCCGUCGGCAAGGAAGUUGCUCAAACCAUUGCCGGCGAUUUUCCUCUAGUCUAUGGGACCGUUCGGAAUACGGAAGCUACGGAUCAAACCGAUGAAGACCCUUCCAUUCUUCGAAAAAUUGCCUUUGAGAAACUUUGUGGGAGCAGCACAGUUCCCUCCACAUGUUCUCACGUCCUCGUCACGAUACCCCCAUCUUCCAUGGGUGACAACCAUUUAAACAACAUCUAUGACAGCAUUGUGGAAUCACUGCCCGAUCAAUCUUGGAUUGGUGUGCUUUCAACCACCGGAGUCUAUGGACAUCACGACGGAAAAUGGGUAGACGAGGACUCGGAUCUGCUUUGUCAGGAAGGUACCAAUGCAGCACGGUACAGAGAUUAUGAAACAGAGUGGCAAGAUCGGAUUCAGGGUACAAACCAUGCUCUCUACAUUUUUCGAUGUGCCGGUAUCUAUGGACCCGAACGAUCCGCUCUUCAUACGCUCUACAAGAAAGGCAUACCACUGACUACUGCUGAAGCACCUGGAAGGUACUCAACAACUACGGGUAGACAGCCACAAAUCACAAACCGAAUUCACGUGACAGACGUCGCAAGGGCCAUUGCGGGAGGAAUGAAGGAACCAAGAGACAACUAUUCAACAACUCACAUGUUCAACUUAGCGGACGACUUGCCAGAGUCUCGAGGUGUUGUGAUGAAGUAUGCUGAGGAACUGUUGGCAACCAACAACAUUACUCUCCCCAAGACACCACCACCAACAACCAGGAAAGCGUCGGCAUCAUCCACACGUCGCGCCAAGAGAAGAACACAGGAAUUGAAGCGAGUCAGCAAUAAACGGAUGAAAACACUUUUGUUGAAAGAAACUGGUUUGGCCUUUCCAACUUACAAGGAAGGCCUGCAAGCGAUUCUGGCAUUGCCAAACAUGACAUGUGUACUUCCAGCAGUAAAGGACGAUAGAUAGAGAUGGGAUUCGAUUCUUCAUUCGAUAUCCACCAGAGCGAAUUUGCUUUUGACUUCGAGGCGUCUGCUACGAGUAGUCCCGUGCCGCCUCCAAAGGCAGACGACAAUCACCACGAGCGAUGAAGACGACAACUAAAUUUCCAUUGCUGGAAACAAUGGCGCCGCAACCGACGACGAAAAAGAAGACUCCAAGCGGGGGCCGUACCGGUACUGGUAGAGGCUCCUACCAAGAAUGCACUCCUCAAGGAGAUCGGAACUCACGUCAAGAUCCACAUUUGGUUUGAGGGUGGCAACAGUCCUGUUGAUUUUACUUUCCCAAUGAAGGAUCAAAACUGCCGCGCAUUGUGCUACUAGUAUGCCAGAUUUUUAAAAACUAAGUAGCCCACCUUCUGGCUAUGCAAGACCAGUACCUUUUUAGUUGGUUUGAAGACUAGUAGUCUAGUCUAUUGUCUUGAGUCAUCCUGUUCAGUCGUCAUGAAGCAGCUCAUUCACCUUCUCGGCCGAAAAUUCUUUGCGAAGGCACAGAAAGGCUUUGCUUUCAUCCAGUUUGAGGUCCCAUCCACCUUUCCUCUUGGACGAUGUGAUCAAAUCGAUCACAUCGUCCAGGUCGUCAACGUUGACCAGCCGAGAAAUCUGCAUCAAGCGAGCCAAGGGCACACAAGCACGGUACAAAGCAACAUUCGAUUUCAGCUCGGGCGAAUCCAAACGCUCCUUGGCAUAGCCCAAGAGGUCACGCAUAUCUGAAUCAAGACAGAUUGCCCCGAGAGCUGUGAAGGGGCACUGCCGGGUCCAAAAGAUCAGAGGCAAUCAGAAUCAGUUGGCUGACGAGAAGAAGCUCAGACAGUAUUCACCACGACCACCUAUCUUACCUUUCGGAUGGACUGUUCCAGACGCUUACAGGUAGCACCUAGGACUCCGAGCAUCAAGUUGUCCCAUAGGCGAGGAGCAAAGUACGGCUGCAAGGGCAGAAUCAAUUCAUCCAACAAAGUGCACAUUCUUCCCAUGUAGCCUUCACUCAACUGCAUCAUUUGAUACGACUCGUCAUCCAGGUCAUAGUUCAUCUUCACCAGGACACGGUCGCCACUUUUGCCUCCCACGCCCAUGAAAUUGGCCGACCCUUCUGCGCCAGCAACUUCUCCGACAAUAUUUCGAAGACGGGGUUUCAAAACGGUAACGAGCGAUUCAAUGGCAGUGUUGGCUGCCAAUUGAAAUCCCUCCGAGACAGUAGAGAGCGAUUUGACGCACAUGAGCAACUGAUCCGUCUCGUGUGUAUUAGGUGGAAAGCCCCCGAUGAUCGCAUCGGCCAGCAAGGUUUCCAAUUGCUUCGUAUGAUGCAUGGCGAUUUCCAAAUCAUUAAAGUAGGCACAUGUCUUGGCCAUUUCCAUCUGCGUCUCUCGUCGCUUGGUUUCCUCUUCCAACUUUUGUUUUGGUGUCGGGUGAUGCGCCUGUUGUGCCUGGGCUCCUCCGUGACGAAUGUUCUGAAAGAACAGUCCAGCUCCGCCAACCAAGAGUCCCUCACCAGGCUUGAGUCGAUGCACUCCAAUUUCCUCCACGCGCUGCGACAUGACAGUCAUGAGCACACCCGAAAGAGCAUCCGCAGCAAAGUUGGCCACGGCCGAGGCAGUUCCUGUGUGUCCGGUGGCAAACGCACGCUGGGUGCUUCUUCGAGCGGUGUAGAGACAAGUCUCCACCAUGGACGUUUGAAGGGCUCUACUGGCAAUGUGGGAAGACUGUCCCUUGAAGCCAAGAGGCGAGCAAUAGCGAGGAUCAGUUUCCGGAGCGGUAAAAGCUCGCUGCAUGGACGCCAAAAGCAAACAGCGUUCAAUUCCAGAGUAAUAUCCUCCGACUUCCCAAACCACUUCUUGCAGCUGUGUGCGUGCGGGCAAAAUCUCCAAUGGCUCAUACUCGGCUCGUUCACUGUAAUCUUCGGCGGAACGAGAACUACUGGUCGUCGACAUGCCUGUUGCCCAUUCUUGACGCUCGCGUUCGACCCGUUUUUCCUCUUGCUCUUGGUGAAAUCUGAGAGCUCGCGCCUUGUUUAUCUCUUGGACGGAAUGAUUCAUAAAGCGCGUGUAUGAUUCGGCAUGCUGCAAGCAGAGUGCUGCCUCUUCCAUGGCCGCAUCCACAUCGGCCAAGGUUCCAACUUCACUGGCAAAUCCACAAUCGUCUUCGUCCUCGCCAUCGUAGUCGAGACCUCGUCCAGAAUACUUGUCUUCCAACACUCCCGAAAUUCGUUGCGCAGAUUGAGACACCAGUGGCAAUUCCCUCGUCUCAAUGUAUUUUUGGAAGAGCGGCAAGACAUGCUGCUCCACCUGCACGUGGACCAAUUGAGCCACAGCGGCAUCUCCCUUGGCCCUGUGCAAGCAAUGGGAAAUGAGAGGAAGGUGGUGUCGUAAAACGGUGACUGCCGCAUUGUAGACUCGUGCCAUCAAGGCAAACGGUGGCGCCGCCGAGGCUCCCUUGGGCACUGGAGCUGUUUGGAUGGCCUUGGUAAAUUCUUGAGCAGUAAUGGCUUGCAAAUAUUUUAAAUAGAGCGAAACCGCCUCCUGUUCCAAUUGAACCUUGGGAAGCAGAGGCGUCAUUUGCCCAAGCCUUUGCAAAUCCGACUGUUGCACGGCCACUUCGUACUGUUCCAAUAAUAAUUUUUUGAGCGUGACAUGAUGCUGUUCCAAUUGUUGAAUGGUAUAUUCUCCAGCAUACGCUCGAGCACGUCCACUGAUGCGAUUCCACGCCUUUAACUGCGUGAAUUGCUGAAUGGCCCCGGCGGCAACAUCGUAUUGGCGAGAGGGAAUGGCCGAGCUGGCCUUGUCACAACUCGUCCGAAGCCAAAGAGCAGUUUCGACAUCGCGUGAGUGCUGUUCGAGAUCGGCUUUUUCUUGCUCCAAUUUUCGAAUUUCCAACGAGGCUUGACUUCCUCCCGACGCAAUUUUGGUGAGAGAAUUCAAAAUACUGUCGGCACAUGCCAUGGCGUCCGAUACGGGAUUUUCCAUACUCUCUGAUUCCUUGGCAGCCUUGAUGACAAUGUCGGGAAUCUCGAGGACAAAAUCGGCCAGCUGGGUCGUCAACUCCUCCGAGAGUUUGGUGGCCCGUUUUUUCGAUGCCACCGACAGAGACAUCAAAGCCUCAUACGGAUCGUCGCUGUCCAAGGCUUCCGCCAUGGUGCGAGGAGCGCUGUCUCGAAGAGAUGCCAAGGCUGCUGUCAUUGUUGCAAUGGUUGAAACUGAAGUAUUAAUAGUCUAAUGGAUAGAAGACUGCCCAAUGGGUAUUAAAAAUAGCAUGGGGUCGAAGAGACUCUGAAGCCAAAGAGGAUCCAAAAGAUAUAAGUAUCGCGUUUUGAACUUUUUCCUACUUUUUGUUUGGUAAAAAAUGAUUCGUGACUCGACUCGACUCUCAACAGCCGU